UGGUGCGCUCGUCGUGCGCAUUAGAAUAAUUUAAAAUUUUCAUAUCACCAUCACAAAAUAAAUAUAAUAUAAUUAAUGAUACAAUGCGAUAAAGAAAUAAAAACAAGUGAUAAAAAAAUGGAGGUUUCUACAAAUAAUAACGAAGAUACCGCGGCGGCCAUGAGGUCGACCGGGACCAGUGCAAAUUUAGGGGUUGUGAAUUUAGUGGACAAUAUGACUCAUGUUCCUUCUAUGCCUACAAUUAAUAUGAACAAUUCUAGUGAUGUUGUCAUAGGACCCUUAACACAGUAUCAUGGACCUGUGACGAUAUACCAAUAUUUAGGAUCGGAUGAUGGCUCUGGUACUAAUAAGUCCAGGGACGCGCCUAGUCUGGACCAAGUUUUGCAUAAUAGAGCAAUGACGAAUGGUGAAGGUGCGCCUUUUAAUGCUGGUGAUUUUCGUUUAGCUCGCAGAGGCAAAUCGCACGGCGAGGAGACAAAUGCUGCCGAUGGACAGACGCGCUGCUUCGGCAUGCAGCGGGGACCGUUUAUUAUUGCUGCGUCGUUUGCAUUGUUAGUGUGCGCCCUUCUCGCUUUCGGACUCUACUUUAUCGUCGACGUCAAGAAACGCGAGGUGGCGGGCAUCAAUUGAUAUACCGUGAUACCUGGGGUGGCGUAGAGCCUCGCGCUACUAGGCGUCUCUACCAUCCGACGCCGUACGUCGUGCUCACCCA